AUGGUUGACCUGGUGCAGUUUGUGCUGCGCAGCAGCUACUACUACGGCCGGCUGAUUGGCGUGAUCAACUUCGAGAUUGACCUGGAGACGGGUGAGCCCCGACUGACGAGACGCGCGACACUCUGGGCGAUUGCCAUCAACGUGUUGACCUUCAGCCUGGUGCCGCUGUUGAUCAGCAGUCGGGUGUGGCAAGUCUUCCUGGUGCACGCCAACAGUCUGCAUCAGUAUGUGUUCCUGGUGAUGAUCUUCUUUCGGGUCAGCUGUGUGUUUGUGACUGUCCUCAGCCGCUGGUGGCAACGGCAGCAACUCGUGCGUCUGCUGCGCAGCUAUCGCCGGCUGACAAUGAAGCAGCCCCACGUGGUGCGACUGUGGCGCCGCGGUGUCAUUGCCAAAGGGAUUACCAGCUUUUCGGUGGAGAGCAUUCACAUAUUCUUGGGCGUGUAUGGUGUGCGAGAUAUGCUAACGCCCACCAUAGCACUGAGCGUGUUUCUCAUCUAUCUGAUCAUUAGCUGGAUGAAUAUUAUCCUCGCCCAGUAUUUCUUCAGUUUGCUAAACGUGCAUGGACACUACUUGCUCAUGAAUGAGGAGCUGCGCCGGAUUGUGGCUGAAACGCAUUUGCUGAAGCUGCUGGAUCAUGGCAAGAGCCUGCGCCAGCUAAAAUACUGCGCCCUGGCCGAUCGCCUGGACAGCGUGGCGCUGCUCCAGUCACAGCUCCAGAGCCUGGUGCGGCGCUUGACCCAAAUCUUUGGCCCGCAGACUCUAUGCAUUUACAUCACCUUUAAUGCCACCUUGAUCUCGGGUACUUACUAUGCCUUUUCGGCCAUCAGGUACAGCGUUGACAUCGACUGGACGAGCGCUAAAACUAUAUUGACCAUAUGCGGCGCCAUCCUCUAUAUGACUGACUCGCACUUGACCUACUCCAUUACAAGCUAUGUGGAAAUUGUCUACAAGGAGAUGUCGAAAAUCAUUGCACAGUAUCCAACGUUUGCCCAAGAUGUGGACAGGCGUCUAAUCACAGCGUUUGAGAACCUUAAAAUGCAAUUGGUAAGCAAUCCACAAAAACUCUCUGUAAUGGGCCUAUAUAAUUUGGAACGUACUACGGUCUUGGGCAUUUUCAGCUCCGUAAUAUCGCAUUCAUUAAUCCUCAUACAAUAUGAUAUAAAACACUACAACGCAGGCUAA